AGCCCAUCACGCAAUCCGCUUCCUUUACAUAUACACCAUGGGCGAGGGGUUGCAGCAUUUUUCUCCUCUCCCAAGAUCGUCUUCAUAUCUGAAAUGGUCAUGCUUCCCUUUGCCCGACUAGGCAUAACCCCAAUGCAGUUCUCCAGGCUUUUCAGGGAGCUGGAGCAGGAUAUCGAGACUGUUAUAAAGGUACUGCAGCCAGGACCAUUAGGCAUCAUAGAACACAAGUUCUCUGCUGCAGAGGUAUGUGAAGCGAAGGCUACAGUCGAUCGAGCAGUUGAGAAUUGGCGGAGGACCACAGCCUUAGAAAAUCAUCACCAUGUUGUGAAGGGUGGAAAGAAUUGAGUUGUCAUAUUCAUGUAAAAAAAGGAUUAUAAAUUACUUCCUUUUCUGCAUAUAUUCUUGCAUGUUAUAGAGACUUCUUUGUAAUUGUUAAAUGUCAAUGCAUCUUGUCCAUUCGGAUUUGGUCA